AUGUCGGCUUCUAAAAUAAGCUUUGCGUUUGUAUUUGUGUACUGUAUUCUAACUCAAGAUUCUCUUGGAUUAUCCCCGGUCAUAUUAAUUCCUGGAGAUGGAGGUAGCCAAUUAGAAGCUAAAUUAAACAAAAGUUCUGUAAUUCACUAUAUAUGUGCAAAAACGUCCAAUGACUUUUUCAACAUAUGGCUCAAUUUGGAGUUGUUGGUACCUUUUGUAAUAGACUGUUGGGUUGAUAACACAAGGUUGGAAUAUAACAAUAUCACUCGGACCACCAGAAAUCCUGAUGGAGUUGACAUUAGGGUGCCAGGGUGGGGUAAUCCAGAGCCUGUGGAGUGGUUAGAUCCCUCCCAUGAUAAAUCAGGGGCUUACUUUAAUACUAUUGCAGAUGCUCUUGUGAAAAAUGGCUAUGUUAGAAAUGUAUCUAUCAGAGGAGCACCUUAUGACUUCAGGAAAGCACCAAAUGAGAAUGGAGAUUUCUUUGUGAAACUAAGGUCUUUAGUUGAGGAGACAUAUAACAUGAACAAUAAAUCUUCUGUCACACUGUUAGUACAUAGUAUGGGAGGUUCUAUGGCUCUCCAUUUUCUGCAAAUGCAAACGCAAACUUGGAAGAACCAAUACAUAAAGAGGAUGAUCUCAAUGUCCACACCCUGGGGUGGUUCUGUGAAAGCUCUUAAAGUUUUCGCUAUAGGUGACGACCUUGGCUCGUUGAUGCUACGCGAGAGCACGAUGCGGACUCAGCAGAUCACGUGUCCAUCACUUGCAUGGCUGCUGCCAUCACCACUGUUCUGGAAGCCUUCAGAGGUUCUGGUCCAGACAGAUAAAUACAACUACACCAUCAACGACUUUCAAAAGCUGUUCACCGAUAUGGAGCUGCCGAACGCAUGGGAGAUGAGGAAGGAUACGCAACGAUUCACUUCAGACUUCGGAGCGCCCGGCGUGGAAGUCCACUGCAUCUAUGGCUACAAUGUAUCCACAGUGGAAAGGUUGGCGUACAAGCCAGGCACGUGGCUGGACGGCUACCCUCAACUGCUAACGGGCGACGGUGACGGUACAGUGAACGCCCGCUCUCUGUCCGCGUGCGCCCUCUGGCGGCAGAAAAGUUCGCGCGCCAUUUUGAAUCCGACCCGCGUCAAAACACUGCCAUUGCCUAACGCCGAUCAUCUGAAGAUACUGCACGAUCAGCGCGCCAUCAACUACAUACAGACGGUGCUCACUGGCUGA